AUGAGUCCCACCCAGCGCGCCGCACUUUCAGAGAGUCUGGAGGUCCUCAAGGCCGACAUCGACCACCUGCGGGCCCUGGUACGCCCCGACUCCGUGCCGGGCCCCGCCGCUGAGGAUCCGGGCGGGCUGGAGGACAGCCAGCCGCCGGAGGUGGGGCUGGGGCCCUCCGUGAGCCUGGGGCGGCUGGCAGACGCCGAUGUCAAGAAGCAGCGGCGGCGGGACAAGCCGAGGAAGGCCGACAAGCGGCGGCUGGCGGACCGCGACCCUAACCCCUCCGCCGGGCCCGGCCCCUCCGCCGCGCUGGCCAUGCCGGGGUCGCUGGCCGGCGCUGAUGCGGGGGCAGGGCACGUGGGCCAUCGCAGCAGGGCCUCCGUGCGGGCGGAGUGGAAGAACAUCAUGCGCUGGUCGCGCUUGUUCAAGCUGCGCCGCAUCCGCCGGCGCGGCACCGCCCUGCGCCUGCGCAAGGUGGUCGUCUUCGGCGGCGGCUCCUUCGGCACCGCGCUGGCCACCGCCCUGGCGCGCCAGCACCCCGACGCCGUGGUCUACAUGCUCCUGCGCGACCCCUACCUGGCCUGCGAGAUGAACGAGGGCCAUGUCAACACGCGCUACCUCCCCGCCUGGGUGCUGCCGCCAAACAUCGUGGCCACAACCUCCGCGCGGGAGGCCAUCGAGGGUUCGCAAUAUGCCAUCCACGCCGUCCCCGUGCAGCAGACGCGCUCCUUCCUGCAGUCCAUCAAGACGCUCCUGCCCCCCACCCUGCCGCUGGUGUCGGUGAGCAAGGGGCUGGAGGUGUCCAGCGGGCACGUGCUGUCGGAUGUCAUCCCGUCGGCCCUGGGCCGCAAGCAGCCCACCGUCUACCUGUCGGGGCCCAGCUUCGCGGCGGAGCUCAUGGACUCCAAGCCCACGGGCGUGGUGGCUGCCUCCAAGGACAAGGCCCUGGCUGAGGCGGUGCAGCACGUCUUUGCCUCGCCCACCUUCCGCGUCAACACCUCCACCGACGUCGUCGGCGUGGAGGUGUGCGGCGCCCUGAAGAACGUGCUGGCCAUCGCCGCCGGGAUCGUGGAGGGGCUGGACCUGGGGCACAAUGCCAUGGCCGCCCUCGUGGCUCAGGGCUGCGCCGAGAUCCGGUGGCUGGCGGAGAAGAUGGGCGCGCGCGGCGCGACGCUGUCCGGCCCGGCCGGCCUGGGCGACAUCAUCCUCACCUGCUACGGCUCCUUGUCCCGUAACCGCUCGGUGGGCGUGCGGCUGGGGCGGGGCGAGCCCCUGGCUGACAUCCUGGGGUCCAGCCACCAGGUGGCGGAGGGCGUGGCCACCGCCGGGGUGGUGGUGGGCCUGGCCAGGAAGUACCGCGUCCAGCUGCCGGUGCUCACCGCCGUGGCCCAGAUCCUGGACGGCCACAUCAGCGCGCGGGAGGCGGUGUUCGAACUCAUGAACCUGCCCCAGGUCGACGAGUAG